AUUAAAUUAAUAUUUAUUAUAGUUUUAUUAUUUUUUAUUUUUUUAUUAUAUUAUAAUGUUAAUUUUUUAAGAUUCUUAAUUUUAAUUGAAUUUAUAGUAAUUACAGUAUUAUUUUAUAUUAUUGAUAAUGAAAUUAAUACUUGAUUAUUUUUAAUUUUUCUUGUAUUUUCUGUUUGUGAAUUAGUUUUAGGUUUGUCACUGUUAGUAAGAAUAAAUUAUGAAUUAGGGCAUCAAAAAUUAAAUAUAAUAGAUUUAAUUUAUUAA